AUGAAUCAAAAUCUGUCGGGGAAUUUUUCACUGAAUAUUACAAAAUUGCCGGUGUGGAUCAUCUAUUCCGACGCGUUCGCCGUGUGGACGACACUCUCCCUGGCGUUCUCCGUUAUCAGUACGCUGGCGUCGCUCUUGCUGCUGUUUGCCAUCUUCCACCGCGGUAUCCGUUGGGGCUCGCAGAUGCUGAUCGCUAACGUGAUUGUCUUGGAAGCGUUGGUCAGUGCGGUGAUCCUGCCCACCGCCGUGCUGACCUCGUACUUUCCGUCGCUGCGGCUCACGGCGGCGGGUUGUGAUUAUUAUUAUUUCUUCGUGGUGUGGAUUCCGCAUGGAGCUCAGUAUGCCUCGCUGCUGUUGGCGGUGAAUCGGGUCAAUGCGAUUUUUUGUCCGCAUCGGUAUGGGCAGUGGCGGAAUCGGCGGUUUUUGGUGCCGGUGGUAGCGUUGUGCUGGAUUAUCUCGUUUUCUUUGGCGUGUGGGUAUGUCGGCAAAAUCGGCGCUACCGGACCUUGGCCAAGCUGCGGCAUCUCCGUUACUUCACCAUCGGAGCAGCUGUUUCUUUCCGUGUUCCUAACCGUCUUCGGCUUAUACAUCCCGUUAGCCGGGACAUGUCUCUGCUACUUAGCCAUCUUCUGUUCCGGGAUAUGGCGCAGAUUAUCCCGCUGCGGGAUUGUGAAUACCGGUGUUACUUCAAACGGUGUGGAGAAUGUCCAGCAGAAGCGGCAGAUCAUCGCCAAUGUCUUGGUCGUCUCCUGUGCUGUAUCGCUGCUGUGCUAUCUACCGUUGUGUUUGGCGUAUUCGGUACUGUUACGAGUGGUUAUCCAGUAUCCUCCGGCAAUACUGUGGAUGCGAUUGGUUUAUUAUAUGGGUUACGCCGGGAAUUCGUUAAAGGAAGUGUGCCGGUAA